UGGAGGAACCUCUUCAGCUUCUCCCUUAAAAAGACUUUCUCCCUGGUUCUACCUGCAGGCGUAAACAAACCUCCUGCCUGCUCUGUCUCUGCCUUGCACUUUCCCUAAGUUUCUUGUCCAGUGUUUCAAAGGCAUGUGCACAGAUGAACAAAAAUGACUCCGAGGGUCGUGCCUCUCCUUUUACAAGGUUUGCUGGUGGCCUGAUUCUGUCCCUCCGUGGCUCUCUGACUGGAAGCAGUUUCUUUCCACAAGAUAUGUUUUCUGAUGGUGAGAGCAGCCCUGUCUGUGACCGGCACUUCUGCUCCAGCACCAGGCAGAGGGGCCAGGUUGUAGGGAGGGCUUUCGGGCAGGAGGCCGCUGGUAGGUAUUGUGAAAGCGCUCCCAGGAACUCCCCAGGGCCCCAGAGGGAGCCAGUUAACUGUCACAGUCAGGGGACACCCUGGGCAGUGAGCCACAUCCAGAACCAGACGCUACCCAGCUGUUUUUGACCCUCUGAGGAAGCCUCCCCCGAGGGCCAGUGUACGUUUGGGGUGGGGCUCUGUCCUGGCUGCCUCCGGCUUCUGUACCUCUUGUGUCAUUCUCUCUGGUCAGCGUGUCACAUCUGUCUCCCCGCCUGAGUGUCCCCUCGUGCUGUCUGUUAAUGAACAGAGGUUGAAGAACAUUAAGAUGCUCAUGUUUAAGGGAACCUGUUGGGAACAGUGAUAACGGACGUUUUCGGAAUCCUCCCUGUUCAGAGGUCCUGGGAGGCAGAUGCUACAUUAUUCUUUUUGUACAAGGAAAAUGGGAUCAGAGAGGCUGAGUGGAGUUCCCACGCAUCCUGGCAAGGCUGCCAGGCCCUGGCCAGUCUCCCCUCGCCACCUUUAGCAGCUGUGCCCACCCCUCAGCUCCCCACGCUCCUGCAACAGAGCGUUUCCAGCCCCCUGCCGGGCUGCAGUCAGGCCAGUGAGCUGGCUUCUGUGCUCAGGGUCACAGGCCUCUGUCACUGCGCUCUGCUUCCUGAGAGGCCUGGGCCCAUGGGCGGCUCACCUGCGUCUGUGCCUGAGUGAGCCGAGUCAGGGGGCCAGGACAUGAGCGAUUAGAAGCCCUUCCAGAAAAGGCUCAGGAUGGCUCCAGGCACUGCCCAGCCUGCCAGCUUUCCCAGGUCACUGGUGCAGCUGCGCAUGUAGGAGGCUGGGCCAAGAGUGAGGUGCGUUGGCGGUGCCCAUGGGCCUCCAGAUAAAAAGCUGCUCCGCGCCAGCCCCUGGGGCCGGCGGGCGUUGGGGGCCAGCGAGGUGGUGCUGGAAACUAGGCCGCAGGCCAGGUGCUGUGUGGACACCUGAUUCCGCCUCCAUCUCCUCAGGGAGGGACACGAGACCUGCGGGCGGGCCAGGAGGCUAGGUCAGGCAGGGCUGUCUUGCUUCUCGAGACAUCAGGCUUUUCUGUCUCCUCCCGCUGGGGGCACCCUGCGCCCCGACCCGAGGCCCACGAUGGCUUGUCCCAAGUGCACUCCUGGGCCUCACCGAACGGCUUUAGGGAGAUCCUGUUCCCUCAUUUACCCUCGUCCCUCAUGACACAACAUCUCCAGGCACAGGGCCAAGAGGAGCCGGGGCAGGGGGGCCCGGGCACCGCCCCUUCUGUCACCAUGCCUCUGCUCUGGCCAAGCCAGAGCCCUUCUUGAGUGGGGCGAGGGCACUGUCCCCAGGUUGGUGGCACUCACCUGGCCAACUUUGGCCCUGCCCCAUCCAAUGAGUCCGCAGCCCUGGGACCCUGCGGUUUCCUCUCUUGCCACUGUUAGCGAUUUUACUCGCCAGAGCUUAGUAGGUGGGGGGUCUCCAGGGUCCCCCAUGCUGUCCUGGAGCCCCCUGAGGUGUUGGCAUCACCACGUGGCAGUGAGACUGGUAGGCUGAGCCCUGGGCCACCUUCUGCAGCGAGAGCUGCUGCUGGGACCAGGGCUGUGGGGCCAGCUCGGGACCUGGGGAGCCACAGCCACAGCUCGGCCUGCAUCGCAGGGUCCAGCAGGGGUCUCAAAGCCCACAGCUCGGUGGGUACCUGGGGUCAUCUUUUAGCCAGAUGGCGUCUGACCGGCCAGCAGGACUCAGGCAGAGUGACCGCUGCCAGAGUGAGCCGCAGCCCUCAGGCCCACGUCCCGCCCCUGCAGGUUCUGCGGGGAGUGCCUCCAGCCCUGCCUGCAGGUGCCGUCCCCUCUGUGCCCGCUCUGCCGCCUGCCCUUCGACCCCAAGAAGGUGGACAAGGCCACCCACGUGGAGAAGCAGCUCUCAUCCUGCAAGGCGCCCUGCCGGGGCUGCAGUAAGAAGGUACCCCCCAGCCCCAGGCCCCUGGCGGGAAGGGCUGGAUGGGGCAGCUCUGACCGGGUUCCGCUCACCAGCACGAGGAACUAGGUGACGCUGGCGAAGAUGAGGGUGCACAUUUCCUCCUGCGUGAAGGUCCAGGAGCAGAUGGCCAACUGUCCCAAGUUCGUCCCCGUGGUGCCCACGUCCCAGCCCAUUCCCAGUGCCGUGCCCAACAGGUCCACCUUCGCCUGCCCGUACUGCGGCGCCCGCAACCUGGACCAGCAGGAGCUGGUGAAGCACUGUGUGGACAACCACCGCAGCGACCCCAACCGCGUGGUGUGCCCCGUCUGCUCGGCCAUGCCCUGGGGCGACCCCAGCUACAAGAGUGCCAACUUCCUACAGCACCUGCUCCACCGGCACAAGUUCUCCUACGACACUUUCGUGGACUAUAGCAUCGAUGAGGAAGCCGCCUUCCAGGCUGCCCUGGCCCUGUCCCUCUCCGAGAACUGAGGGCGCAGCCCUGGACGAGCCCUCCUGCUGGAGGGACAGGGCCCUGCCCGCUCGAGGGAAGGAGCCUCGAGGGCCGGGGGAGCCUCACUGUGGCAGGAAGGGAGGCCGCCGUCCGGCUGCCAGGGCUCUGCUAAGCGUCGCUGGCUCUGCGGUGCUUUGAGCUGAGCAGGUGGCCUCGCGGGACCGGCCGCGGGACCGAGCACAGCCAGCCGUCUGCGUCUCAAAGCCAUGCCGUCCUCUGCUGCCGGGAGGACUGUUGGGGCCCUGCCGCUGAGCAGGGACGCGCAGAGGGGCACCCAGCCCAGCCCCGGCCUGCUCCCCCCCUGCACUCGGUACUGGCCUCUGCGGUCCCUCGAGAUCCUGGCACUUUUCUACAUUAUCCAGCGCGAUGACCUUUUCACGUUUUUAGAACAAAGAUAAAGCAGUCACUCUUCAUGCUGCAAUCUCUGUGUUUGACUAGGAACAAUAGUAUUUUUAUGGAACAUUUACAAAAUUAUAUUUUUUAAAAAACAAAAGUGAACAAUCGCAGGAAUGAGCAGGGUCUCGCUGUGUGUGGGGCCAAGGCGGCCACGAGCCUCGGUCACUGCGACGUCUCCCUGUGGUAACAACCAGAAGAAAGCCCAGCGCCCAGCCACUGGGGGUGGAGCUGGUCUGCUCCUGGCCUCGGCCCCGCUGUCACUGUCCCAAAGUGGACCACGUGUCCCCCUCCCUCGGCAGGCCCGCCUCCGUGGUGGCGGGGCGCAGCGGCCUGGGCAGCGGCGGGUCGGGCCAGAAAACGCUCGUCAGUGCUCCCGUUUCGUUCAUGGCAUAAGUUAUUUCUGUCUUUCAAAAAAAUUUAAAUAAAACGUUUCAAAGCA